GCAUGCGCAAUUGACGUUUCCGCUAUUAGGGUGAAAGAUAUUACUGUUUUUUGUCGAAAUUAAAACGUAAUUUCUUCGCAAUCCCUCUAUCAAAUAUCAAACAAAGAGUACCCAAUCAAAAAAUAAAGAUGGCCCAUCAAGAUGGCCAGCCAAACGAACAUUUGGCCGAAAAUUGGUUGACAGAAUUUGAAGAAGAAUGCCUCGAGGAUUUGGACAACUCCGAAUCAAAUAUGGAGGAUUCUUUGCAAAGAGAAACAGAUUUUGCCUUACAGAAAUUGUUUUUCCAGUUCCAGAAUUCUGCUACAGCCAUUGCUCAAUUGUAUAAAGAUCGUUCCAAUGGGCUUUCAAUGUGGGUUCCAUUUCAAAAUGCUGCUUCAUCUGUGACAACAAUGUAUAAAGACAGUGUGGAGUCAGCCAAAAAUUCUAUGGAGCUUGGUGUUCAGAAGGGUCGACAGCGUAAUCUUAAAGACAUUGUGUCAUGGGUGAAAAAACGUAGACGACACAUACGUAGAGAGGACUUAUUAGCAUUUCUAAGUGGUAAAAAUCCACCACAGAGGACAAAAUCUGGUGCUGGUGUGAGACACGGGUCCAGCGUCAGAGCUGAUAGGUCGUUUCCAAGGUUUCCUUCUGCAGACAGUUUGCCAAGAAGUGCUGAGGCAGACCUUCAGUGUUUUAGAGAGGCAAUAGCUUUGCAAGGUCUGGAUGGAGCCAUGUCAAACAUCAGUGUGGGUUUCCGUCCACAUGGUAAUCAUGGUGCUAAUAACCAGCCUCCACAUGCAGGCAUGCCGAAAAACAACAUAGACGAUCUGAACAGUUUCCUUCUUGAAGAGUUUUCACGCAACUGUGAUGCCCGAAAGAGAUCUUCUACUCCAGAUGUAAACAUGGACUCUCCUACGAGAAAGAAAAGCCGGUUAUUUUAGAUGAGAAAUAUUUCAAAAAGUUGUUAAAAAUGAUACUAUUUUACCAAUAGAUAACAUUUUAUUAGCUUGUAUGUUUUUUAAAGAAAAACAUUUGAGAUGUUUUCAUAGCCUUGGUUUGUCAUGGCCGGACAAAAACUUUACCCUUGACCAUAACUUAAAUAAUGUUCAUAUUCAAAUAAGAUUUGGUAGCAGUUUUACCAUAGACAAUAUAUACAUGAAUUGUAGACUUAUGUCCCUUUUCUAUUCUAAGAAACAAACACAGCAGACUAGUGUUGGCGUUCGAUCAACGGCACUCUUGUUAAUUCAAGUAUUGUAUUUUUGUUGUUGUUAAUUUUUCCCUUAAAAGAAUAUGUGCUGGAAUGGAAGACAGCAGGGUCUGUGUGUAAGAGCUGAUUUGUACAAAUUAAAGGAUGUCUACUGUAUACAUCAGUAAUCAAAACAUUCAGAAUCGUUAACCUUGCAGUAAAAGACUAGUUUUGUAUUGUCUUCCUUAGUUUCUCAUGUAAAGCUUCCUUGUAGUAUAUCAAGGCUUCCAUUAAGAAUUUGUAAUUGGAAGUAUGAACCUUCUUUACCAUCAGCUUUUGAUGUUUUUCUCUGACACAUGAUAGGACCAGUCUUUACUAUUAUUAUUCUGAUAAAAUCUGAAAUGAUUAGCUACUAAAAGAUGCUAACUCCAUAGAAGUGUAUUCAAACAAUUUAUUCAAUAUUAAACAUUUUGAAAGUGUGGCCUUUAAUGGAACAUUGACACCAGGUUUUUAUGUUUUGAAAGCUUUCAUCUUUUAUCCAAGUUUUUUGGAAAUUUUAGCCCGUUUCUAGGGAGUAAUUCACUUCAAAGCUUCCUCAAAUGGAAACCUUUGUACCAACAAAUAUUCACAUUAACCAUUUCAUUAGAUGGAGCUGGAUGUAAAAAAUUGAAAAAAUGUAGUAGUCGUAUACAACAUGCAUGUGUAUAUAUUGACAUCAAUAAUCUCAUUUGAUUAUUUCUUGUAACUAGCAAAUCAUACUGAAACUGCACUGAUGAAUAAAAUAAUGCGUCGUCUAAGUUAUUUCAAAAUGUUCUUUAUCUGUUUUCAAUGCCGACAAGUAUUUAUGACUCCUCUGGUACACCAUUGUGUUUAAAAAAAAAUACUGAUUAAUACGAACAGAAUUAAAUUCACUUUGAUAAACUGUUUCGCUGCUUGAAAGUUUUAGGUUUAUAAAUUUCAUUAGACUAUCUGCAUUUUAUUUUUAUAUGACAGUGAAACAGUUGUUUUUCAACCUAAAAUGGUGCUGAAAUUUGGCCCCAUUCCAUAAUAAGAAGAACAUAAGCCCUUUAAUAAAUAAUUGCUGAUUUCACAAUCUCAAUGGGACAAAUUCCACAAUUCUGGAAAUUGAUAUAUUUGUCAUUACUCCACCAUUUUCUUCCCUGCAUGUUUUAUAAACUUUGGGCCGAUUGUUCAGAGCUUUGUAAACAACAAUUAACGACAUCAUUGUUCAAUUUUUAACGUGAACAUAUUGAUGAUUUGCUCACGUAUUUAAAUAAAAACAAGUACAGCUGAAAAAGUUGUCUCAAAUCUUGUUUGAAAUACAACAGAUCACGAGUGAAUCCAUUAAAUUUCCAGAGCAGUAACAAUUUAAAAGUUUACAACGAUGACGUUAACAACGUUAUUUUUAACAAAGUUCCACAAAUUGGACCAUUGUUUCACAAACAAGCUUUUCCUGUUUUGUGUCACUAUUUUCACUAUUCAGUGGACCCUGUCCCAUUCCCAUAGGGUUGGGAGAAAAAGCACUGUAUUCAUUGUGUUUGUGUUUUGAAAUUGAUUGUCAAAAUAAGUAACUAAACUUUGUACAUUUUUAUGAAGUAUAACUCAUACAUGUAGUUUUAUUGAUGAACUGUUAAGAAGACACAAGACGUACAUGCAUGUUUCUAAUAGGAAUUAUCUUUUAGGAUUAGAUUAAUUCUUGAUUUAGUUCAAUUAUGAUGAAUAAUUGUCUUUCAAUAUUGGGAUUAUUUUAUUUUGAAUUUUUUUAUCAGGUUAUGAAGAAAGAUAUUGUAUGUACAUGUAAUUUUUAGUUCUUGCAAAAAGGGCAUUAUUUUUUAAUAUUCAUUUGUUUUGUGAAAAUUUGUUUCAAAAAGGGUAGAAUACAGUGAAACUUAGGUAAUACACAGGGGAAACAAUGUAUUCCAAGAUGUACCAUAUUUUUCACAUGUUGUUAAAAAAAAUAUGAGGUUCAUAGAAGUAUUUGUCUCAGAGUGUGUGUAGGGAUAUGUCAGAUCUUAUAAUACGGUACUAUGUUUAAAAAUAUGUAUUUAAAGUGUAAUUAUAGUUAAACAAUAUAAAACAAUGAUAUUUUAAUUAGUUAUACAAGUUUAUGUGUUACACACAAAGCAUGGAAGGAGCUAAGGGAUUACAUAGUCUGUAGUCAACUGUCAUAGAACAAGGGAAUCAUUGUCAUUGGCCUCAUACUUUCAUUUAUCGUUAAUAAAUUUUAAAUGGCUUG